AAAUGAGGUCACACUUCUUCCUCUGCAGAUAGUCUAGCUAAAGGCUAAAGCCACUCGUUGUCUUUCUGCUUCAAUGGCGCUGGAAGGGAUCCUCUUGGGCAUGGGAAAACCACUUCUUGACAUCUCUGCAGUGGUAGACGAGGACUUCUUGAAUAAGUAUAACAUUAAGUUGAACAAUGCUAUCUUCCUGAAGACAAGCACCUGCCAAUGUAUGAGGAGAUGGCUAGCAAGUAUAACGUGGCGUACAUUGCUGGAGGUGCUACUCAAAAUUCUAUCUGAGUUGCCCAGUGGAUGCUUCAAAUCCCAGGUGCAACUAGUUAUAUUGGUUGCAUUGGGAAGGAUAAAUUUGGAGAGGAAAUGAAGAAAAACUCAAAGAUUGCUGGUGUUAAUGUGAUGAGACAGCACCAAUGGGGACUUGUGCUGUUUGUGUUGUUGGUGGUGAGAGAUCAAUGGCUGCCAACUUAUCAGCUGCAAAUUGCUGCAAAUUGUUACAAAUCUGAGCAUUUGAAGAGACCUGAAAAUUGGGCCCUACUUGAGAAGGCAAAAUAUUUCUACAUUGCUGGAUUUUUCCUUACUGUAUCUCCUGAGUCCAUACAACUUGUUGCUGAACAUGCAGCUGCAACGUACAAGAUCUUCACGGGGAACCUCUCUGCUCCAUUCAUCUGUGAGUUCUUUAGGGAUGCACAAGAGAAAGCUCUACUGUACAUGGACUAUGUCUUUGGGAAUGAGACAGAAGCCUGAACAUUCUCAAAGGUUCAUGGCUGGGAGGUAAAUAGUUCUUACAGUGUUGUUCAUUCUUCAAUAUGUGAACUCUUCUUUCAUUCUCUUUAAUAUUUCUUUAUAUUUUGUUGCCUAUAAUGAACACACUGAUAAUGUUGAGGAGAUUGCAUUAAAGAUUUCUCAAUGGCCCAAAGCAUCAGUUACACACGAGAAUUACUAUUAUCACUCAGGGUGCAGUUCCCAUUGUGGUUGCUGAGGAUGGAAAAGUGAAGAAGUUCCUGGUGAUCCAGUUUCCCAAGGAGAAGUUGGUUAAUACCAAUGGAACAGGGAAUGCAUUUGUUGGUGGAUUUUUGUCACAGCUUGUUCUUGAGAAGCCCAUUGAAGAAUGUGUUAGAGCUGGUUGCUACACCUCAAAUGCUAUAAUCCAAAGAUCAGGCUGCACAUACCCUGAAAAACCAGACUUCAAUUAAAGACUUAGUCCCAUUGGCUCCAUCAAUUUAUACUUUGCAGUUGACGGAACAUGAUUUCGGCAAUCUGCACCAUGUGCCCCUGUGCCUCCUAUAGGUACACGAGUUGAGACAUUUCAUUCUCUUUUCAUUUUCUUUUUUGAUAUGCACAGCAUAGAUGAUAGCUCAUAUGCUGUUGUUUGCAAGAACAAAUGGUUCUUUAUUUUCAAUAACGAUAUAAAUAAAAUAGCUAGAUAUCA